CUCGGGCAGCGGGCUGAGUGAGCUGCCGCCGCCGCCGCCGCCGCCGCCGGGGGAGGGGCGGCCGCCGCCCGCCUGCGCUGAGAGACUCACGCAGCCCCAGUCCCGCCAGUCCGCCAACACUGUAGUGCCGGCCCCCCCUCCUUCCCUGGCCCUUCCCCCUCCCCGCCUUUGGCUCGCUCCGCCUUUCUGCCCCCCACCCCCACUUCACGGGCACGGGCCAUUCCCGGCCAGGAAACGCCGUGGCGCCGCGUUGGGCCUAACUCGAGUCCUGCUGCCUCCCGGGAGUGCUGUGCGCCGCAGCCCGGGCCCAGGCCCCGGCAGCGCCUGGGACAAGGUCUUCAGAGUUACUGGCAGAUAAUUUUGGGGGACUUCAUAUUCGGAGGUCUAUAAAAAGGAUUCCUCAUGUCCAUAACAUGUUGGUUAAGGCUGUGCAGCUCACCCCCACUCUCAGAGUGGCCAGUCUCCAUUAAUUGGACCCCGUGAUUUCCUCUCUCUUGCUGUAUUGGACGUCAUGAGCAUUGCAAUCCCUCUGGGAGUCACCACACCAGAUACAUCCUACUCAGAUAUGGCUGCUGGAUCAGAAAAGGAAGUGGAAGCCCCCUACCUUUCAAGACGAAGUGGCACUACACCAGGAUGUGAAAGUCCAGCGAAAGAGACCCAAGGGGCCUAGGGGGCAGCACACCCCCAGAAGCCAAGUCUAUUCCAGGCAGUACCAGGGAUUAGGGUCUGGGCUGGAAAAAUCCUGGUGUUUUGAAUAUGUUCAGGUCCAGUUCAGACUCUUGAUCCCACAGCCACUUCUUGAGUGAGGGUAUCCUGUCUUGGUAGUGAAUGGAAGAGGGCCUGGUCCCUGGGGCAGUGCAGAAGGCACUUUCAUCAUCUCACUCACUGCAAAUGUCAUGUGAGGUUUCAUGGAAGUAUUAAGAGAUCCAAUUAAGAAGAAUAGUUCUGAGUCUAAACCAGCCCAGAGUGGCUUCUCUAGGGGAAACUCCCUGCUCAGCUGCCCUGAAUCUGUGGAGGCUAGUCCAGCAGUUAAUGAGAAGAGCGUGUAUUCCACUCAUAAUUAUGGGACCACUCAGAGGCAUGGGUGUCGAGGACUGCCUUAUGCUGAUCAUAAUUACGGAGCCCCUCCUCCUCCGACACCUCCUGCUUCUCCCCCUGUCCAGACGAUCAUCCCUCGUUCUGACCUGAAUGGCCUGCCGUCGCCCGUAGAGGAACGCUGUGGAGACAGCCCGAACUCUGAAGGAGAGACUGUUCCUACCUGGUGUCCUUGUGGUCUUUCUCAGGAUGGCUUCCUUCUCAACUGUGACAAGUGCAGGGGAAUGAGCAGGGGGAAGGUUAUUAGACUUCAUCGGCGGAAGCAGGACAACAUAUCAGGUGGGGAUAGCAGUGCAACAGAAAGCUGGGAUGAGGAGCUUUCUCCUUCCACUGUGUUGUACACAGCAACACAGCACACACCUACAAGCAUCACCUUAACUGUUAGAAGAACCAAACCCAAGAAGCGGAAGAAGAGUCCAGAAAAGGGUCGUGCAGCAGCAAAGACGAAGAAAAUCAAGGCAUUUCGAGAGGGAUCCCGGAAGUCCUUGCGGAUGAAGAAUUCUCCUUCUGAAGCACAGAAUUUAGAUGAGAAUACAACUGAGGGAUGGGAGAAUCGGAUAAGACUAUGGACUGAUCAGUAUGAAGAAGCUUUCACUAAUCAGUACAGUGCAGAUGUACAGAACGCCCUUGAACAACAUCUACAUUCUAGCAAGGAAUUUGUGGGCAAACCUGCUAUUUUAGACACUAUUAAUAAGACUGAAUUGGCCUGUAAUAAUACAGUUAUUGGUUCCCAAAUGCAGCUACAGUUGGGAAGAGUCACUCGUGUUCAAAAGCACCGGAAGAUCCUGAGGGCUGCAAGAGAUUUGGCUUUGGACACUCUUAUAAUAGAGUAUCGAGGGAAAGUCAUGUUACGACAGCAAUUUGAGGUCAAUGGGCAUUUCUUCAAAAAACCAUACCCCUUUGUGCUCUUCUACUCAAAAUUCAAUGGUGUAGAGAUGUGUGUGGAUGCACGUACUUUCGGUAAUGAUGCUCGGUUCAUCAGAAGAUCGUGUACACCAAAUGCAGAGGUGCGACACAUGAUUGCAGAUGGGAUGAUUCACCUAUGUAUCUAUGCGGUGUCUGCCAUCACCAAGGAUGCUGAGGUCACGAUAGCAUUUGAUUAUGAGUACAGUAACUGUAAUUAUAAAGUGGACUGUGCAUGUCACAAGGGGAACCGGAAUUGCCCUAUACAGAAAAGGAAUCCCAAUGCUGCAGAACCACCACUCCCACCUCCUCCAAGCUUACCAACCAUAGGAGCAGAGACAAGACGUAGAAAAGCACGACGGAAAGAGCUAGAGAUGGAACAGCAGAAUGAGGCUCCAGAAGAGGAUAACAAUCAGCAAUCAGAACAAGUUCCUGAGAAAGUAACUGUGUCCAGUGACCAUGAGGAAACAGACAAUCCAGAAGAAAAAGCAGAAGAAGAGAAAGAAGAGGUUACAGAUGACCAGGAGAACCCAGCUCAUAGCAGAAGGACCCGGGAAGACAGGAAGGUCGAGGCCAUCAUGCAUGCUUUUGAAAACUUAGAGAAAAGAAAGAAGCGGCGGGAUCAGCCCUUAGAACAAAGCAAUUCUGACAUAGAGAUUACUACCACCACCUCAGAGACCCCUGGGGGAGAAGAGGCAAAAACUGAAGCCCCUGAACCUGAAGUUAGCAACCCGGCUUCAAACAUGACCAUCCCAAGCACCCCACAGACUGUUGGAGUGAACACCCGGAGGUCUUCCCAAGCAGGGGAUGUUGCUCCAGAAAAGCCAGUCCCCAAGCCGCCUCCAGCAAAGCCUUCUAGGCCCCGACCGAAGAGUCGCAUUUCUCGGUACCGGACCAGUUCAGCCCAAAGACUAAAGCGUCAGAAGCAGGCCAUUGCACAACAGGCAGAGUUGUCACAAGCUGCCUUGGAAGAGGGCGGAAAUAAUAGCUCUGUGACUCCUACUGAAGCUGGAAAUACAGACAGUUCAGGAGAAAACAGGCAAUUAAUAGGGUCUGACCCAACUGUGGUAUCAGUUACUGGAUCCCAUGUCAACCGUGCGGCACCUAAGUACCCCAAAACCAAAAAAUAUCUAGUUACAGAAUGGUUGAAUGACAAAGCUGAGAAGCAAGAAUGCCCUGUUGAGUGCCCUUUACGUAUCACCACGGACCCAACCGUACUGGCAACAACCCUGAACAUGUUACCCGGUCUUAUCCAUUCCCCAUUAAUUUGCACCACCCCCAAACACUACAUUCGCUUUGGCUCACCCUUUAUCCCUGAGAGACGUCGAAGGCCCCUUCUGCCUGAUGGCACCUUCAGCUCCUGUAAAAAGCGCUGGAUAAAGCAAGCCUUGGAAGAAGGGAUGACUCAAACGUCAUCUGUACCCCAAGAGACUAGAACUCAGCACCUAUACCAAAGUAACGAGAAUAGUAACUCUUCUAGUAUCUGCAAAGACAAUGCAGACUUGUUGAGCCCAUUAAAGAAAUGGAAGUCUCGCUAUCUGAUGGAGCAGAAUGUCACCAAGUUACUGCGGCCUCUUUCUCCAGUCACACCACCCCCUCCCAAUUCAGGCUCAAAGAGCCCCCAGCUGACCACACCUGGCCCAUCUCACCCAGAAGAGGAGUGUCGAAAUGGAUACAGCCUCAUGUUCUCACCAAUCACGUCUCUUACUACUGCUAGUCGCUGCAAUACUCCUCUGCAGUUUGAGAACAUAUCCUCCCCUGAGAGUUCCCCUGCGAAUAGGCCCGAGUCCCUGUCACCCGAGCUUUGUCACCGAAAAGAUGUGGACUUGACAAAAGUAGGCUACCUUGACUCCAACACUAACAGCUGUGCUGACAGACCUUCCCUGAUCAACUCAGGUCCUUCUGACCUGGCUCCUCAUCCCUCUGUCGGGCCCCCCUCUGAGACUGGCUUUCCAAGCAGGAGUGGAGAUGGACAUCAGACCCUUGUGAGGAACUCGGACCAGGCAUUUCGGACAGAGUUUAAUUUAAUGUACGCCUACUCCCCAUUGAACGCUAUGCCUCGAGCAGAUGGAUUAUAUCGAGGAUCUCCCCUAGUAGGGGAUAGGAAGCCUUUACAUUUGGAUGGGGGAUAUUGUUCCCCUGCAGAAGGGUUUCCCAGCAGAUACGAACAUGGCUUUAUGAAAGACCUCUCUCGUGGAUCCAUGUCACCUGGUGGUGAAAGGGCUUGCGAAGGAGUCCCAUCUGCCCCCCAGAACCCACCGCAGAGGAAAAAGGUAUCCCUGUUGGAGUACCGCAAACGGAAACAAGAAGCCAAGGAGAAUUCUGCCAGUGGGGGAGGUGACUCUGCACAGAGCAAAAAUAAGUCUGCAGGAGCUGGGCAAGGCAGCAGUAACUCACUUUCUGAUACUGGUGCCCAUGGUGUGCAGGGAUCCUCAUCCCGAACCCCAUCUUCCCCUCACAAAAAAUUCUCCCCAUCUCAUUCCUCUAUGUCCCAUAUGGAGGCGGUAAGCCCAUCAGAUUCCAGAGGCACUUCAUCUCACUGCAGACCUCAAGAGAAUAUCAGCAGUAGGUGGAUGGUUCCCACGUCAGUGGAACGACUCCGAGAAGGAGGGAGCAUCCCCAAGGUCCUCCGAAGCAGUGUGAGGGUGGCCCAAAAAGGAGAGCCUUCUCCCACAUGGGAGAGUAACAUCACAGAGAAAGACUCAGACCCUGCAGAUGGAGAAGGCCCAGAGACACUGAGCUCAGCACUCUCUAAAGGAGCAGCCGUUUACAGCCCUUCCAGAUACAGCUACCAGCUCCUGCAGUGUGAUAGUCCACGGACAGAAUCACAAAGCCUCCUUCAGCAGAGUUCCUCCCCCUUUAGAGGACAUCCCACCCAAUCUCCAGGAUACAGUUAUCGAACUACUGCACUGAGACCUGGAAACCCCCCCUCUCACGGUUCUUCAGAAUCCUCCCUCUCUUCUACGUCCUAUUCCAGCCCCGCCCACCCUGUAUCCACAGACUCGUUGGCCCCAUUUACGGGGACACCAGGGUAUUAUAGCAGCCAGCCACAUUCUGGAAACAGCACUGGCAGCACUCUUCCAAGGAGGAGCUGCCCUUCUAGUGCUGCUAGCCCUACCCCACAGGGCCCCUCAGACUCACCGACCUCAGACUCGGUCUCCCAGUCCAGCACAGGAACUCUGAGUUCCACCUCCUUCCCUCAGAACUCUAGGUCGUCAUUGCCAUCAGACUUACGGACUAUCAGUCUGCCCAGUGGGCAGUCCGCUGCCUACCAGGCCUCCAGGGUAUCUGCGGUUUCCAAUUCACAGCACUACCCACACCGUGGGAGUGGGGGUGUGCACCAGUACCGACUCCAGCCACUGCAAGGCUCAGGAGUCAAGACUCAGACAGGACUUUCCUAGGGCUUCUGGAUGUGGGCAAACAGAACUGAAUGAGCCCAUAGCUGCUUCCUUCCAGCUGCCUCUGGAACCUAGGCCGAGCAUAUUGCUGGGGAAGAGGGUACAAGGUGCCAGAGGACUGGGUCUGGUCGACAAGAAACAAGACUUGUGGUCGCGACUGGCUCUGGCCUUGGAGAAAGAUGUAAAUCUUGUCUGAAGCAGAGACUAUAAAGAAGUUUCUCCCUGCUGUUAAGGGUACAUUGUUGACAAGCAAAUGGUGUUCCGGUUAGUAACGGUUCUAAGUGCAAUGAGUCGUGUUGAAGCCUCUGUCUCCCGUCCUUGCCUGUAGCCUGUAGUCACUUGUGCAGUGGGGACAUCUUUUUACACACACACACACACACACACACACCCAAAAAAGUUUUCUUUUCAGAGGAAAAAAAUGAAAAGAGCCAAUCUCUAAGCCCCAAGCCAUCUGAGUAAUAGUAGGGUUUUUAUGCACUUAAGAAGAAAGGUAGGUAUGUAAAUUUUCACCCUGUGACAGACAACCAUUCCAAAAGCAGGUAUCUGGCCAAGAUAUGUCCACCAAGAAUACUCCCUACCUUUGUCUUAAAAUCACCAAGAAAUAUAGGCAGGGAUAGCAAAGCUUGGAAUGUGCUCUGGCUGAGGGGUGCCUGGCUCUCUGAAGAAGAGCUCCUGGUCAACUCGAUUCAGGAGCAGGUGAUUGUCUGAGCCCCCAGCUGUUCCCAUACCACUCCCCUCCCCAAGCUGUCUCACAGCUCAGUAACCCAGAAAGUAAGUAGACAAAAGAGGAAUAAGUGAGAUGGGCCAAUUGCAUUGCUACUUAUCAGCUGUUGGCAAUAAAUUUGAUUAGUAAAGAUCCCAAGUGCUUUGGGACUUCUUUGAAUUUUAUUUUUUCUACUCCCUGUUAAUCAGGAGUUGAUCCCACGAGUAGGACCGCCUCCAUGAUUAGGGAGCACGCACUUGUGACUGCAGGGUAAGAGUGGAAAGAGAUGUUUGUGGAGUGGCACCGACAGGACUGUGAUUGUGUGGGGCAUGUCCCACAUUUCUUUGGGGGAUGCUUAUUUGAGAGUGGCCCAGGUGAGAGAGUUAUAAAGCCACCCACACACCUAACACUGUUCUGGAUGAGAGACGCGAGCAGACUGGCUUCUCCCCAUCAGUGCAUUGUGCCUGCUGUACACCCCUGGAGGAGCCCUGGAGCCUGCCCAGGUGGGGUACACAAUCUUUUUAAAAUUCCAUACGGUUGCCAGCUUAUUUCUUUCACUUGUUUACUGUAAUAUCCGGCGUGUUUUUAUUUAUCUAAUUUUGUAUUCAGUUAUAACCAUGGUAGGGGUAGCAAAUAUAUGACAGGUGUAAUCCCUGGUGCUGCAGUGGACCUUACUUCUUUUCUUUUGGACAAGAUAAUACUGUGAGUCUCCUUCCUUCCAGUUUGUUUUCUCCUCCUUUUUUUCCCCAGCCUCUUGCAUCCCCUUCUUCUCUACCCUCUCUUACAACUAUCAUAUGCACAGUCUUCUCUCUUUGUGUGUGACUGUUACAAAAUUUCACUUUUUCAAAAUUGAAAUCAGGUGUUUGCUCAAAUGAGGGGAGAUUUCUUUUUUUUAAUGCUGAGACCUCAGCAGAAUACUUUUCUUUUUGUUGUUUCCCCCACAAACCCAUCAGUCUGGGAGAGCGUUGGGAGUGGAAAUCAUGUUGCCUGGGAUGCUGGUUUCUUUGUAUAUUAUAUAAAACGUAUGUAAAUGUCUCUCCAUUUGGGCUGGGGUUUGCAUUCUCCCCUUGGCUGUUAACCAAGGGGAGAGGCCAGCGGGCAGGCGGCCCUCACCCUGCCUGGCACGUGCAGAGACCCCAGCCACUCUGUGUGGGCAGGGUGCUGUCAAGACCAGACCUCUGGGGGGGGGGGGCGGGGGCGGGGGGUGGGGGGAACUCUUGGAAGGGAAGAAGUAUCACUUCUUUCUCAAGUGGAGUGUUUACACCUUGCUGUAACAUUUGAACUUUCACAAGAGAUGUAAUAAUUUUGAUAAUAAAAUUCUUAACCAUAAUAA